AUGAAUUCGAUUGGAGAAUUUGCAAUGAAAUGUUCUAAAGAAAAUCAUGAUUAUGCUUCUUUGACUUGUUUAAAUAAAACAUGUGAGUCUAGUAGAAUUUAUUGUGACUAAUGCCUUAGAAAUGGAGAUCACAUAGAUCACAUUAAUGAUCAAUGGAAUUUGUCAAGAUUAAUUUAGGUUUUUAAGAGUAUUGAGAAAAAAAGUAAAACAUUAAUUUCAGAUUUAUGUUUGAUGAAUGAAGUAAUAAAUCAACUAUUCACUAAAUUAAAUUAAAAGAUAAGAAAAAAAUUUCAAUAUUCUUAAGAAAGAAUAUAAGGGUAGGAUACAAAACAAUUAAAUUAAAUUUUGGAUGAGAUUAUUAAAUAUGAUGAAUUUUAAAAAGAGUUAUUAGAGGAACUUCAUCACUAUUCUGACAAUAUGAUUAUGUAUUUAACAAGAUAAAUCACAGAAUUGAAACUAGAUAAAUUAAGUGAUUAUUAAUUAGAUUUAUAAGAUAUAGAAGAGGUUGAAUCUUUACAUGAAAGUGGUUAUCAAUUAUAUUAUAAAGAUAAUAAAUGUAAGGCAGCAAUUAAAAUAAUAGAUGAUGCAUUACUCAUCAAUCCAAAACAUCUGAAUUCAUUACGUACAAAAGGUAUAAAAUCAGACAUUAAUGUAUUAGCAUAUUGUUUAUAAAGACUUGGUAAUUACCAUGAUGCAAUUGUAUUUGCAGAAAAAGCUUUGUUAAUUGAAUCAAAACAUGUCAAAUCUUUAUUUAUAAAAGCGGAAUGUUUAAGAAUGCUUGGUCGCUUCAAUGAUGCAAUUAUAUGGAUUGACAAAGCUUUAUCAAUAGAUUCUAAAAAUAUCAAUUCUUUAUAUACAAAAGCUGAAUGUUUAUUUAUGAUUGAUAAUUACAAGGAAGCAAUUCUAUGGGCAGAUAAAACCUUGUCUAUUGAUUCAAAGCAUCUCAAUUGUUUAUUUACAAAAGCUUAUAGUUUAUAUAUGAUUGAUAACUACAAUGAAGCAAUUCUCCGGGCCGAUAAAGCAUUAUCUAUUGAUCCCAAGCAUGUCAAUUCUUUAUUUACUAAAAGUAUAAAAUAAAACAAAAAUUUAGCUGAAUGUUUACAAAGGCUUGGUAAUUAUAAUGAUGCAAUUUUCUGGGCAGAUAAAACUUUGUUGAUCGAUUCUAAACAUGUCAAUUCUUUAUUUACUAAAGGUAUAUCAUCAGGCAAUAUGGAAAGCUGA